CCCUCCCCCCUACCCCGUAGGCGGCAGGACGUGCUCGCCGUGGGGCGGGUCCGGAGCUGGUCGCCGGGGCGGAAACGAUCAGACCCGGUGGCGGCGGCGGCGGGACAGCCGGGCAGCGGCGCGGGAUCGCGGUUUCAGGGACCUGCGCCGUCGGCCCCGCGGGUUUGGAAGCCGAGCCUUUGGCCCCCGCUGCGCGGCUCCUCGGGUCGCCAUGAAGCCGGCCGCGCCUGGCCGCGCCCUCCUGUGCGCCCUGGGCCUGGCCUUCUGCCUGAGCUGCGCGCGCGGGCUCCGGAGCAGUGGCAGCCACGAGUGGAAGAAGCUGAUCAUGGUCCACCACUGGCCUGCGACCGUGUGCAAGAGAGCGGAAGACGGCUGCAGGGACCCCCCGGACUACUGGACGAUCCACGGACUGUGGGCUGACAGAGCGGACUCGUGUAAUCGGUCGUGGCCCUUUAAGUUGGACGAGAUUAAGGACCUCAUGCAAGACAUGAAGAUGUACUGGCCUGACCUGCUCCACUCGUCUCCCAACAGCACCUUUUUGUGGAAGCACGAGUGGGCGAAGCACGGGACCUGCGCGGCCCAGCUGGACGCCCUCGGCUCCGAGCGGAAGUACUUCGGGAAGGCCCUGGACCUGUACCGGGCGCUCGCCCUCAACAGCAUGCUCCAGAAGCUGGGCAUCCUGCCAUCCGGGGGCAAUUACUACCAGGUGUCAGACAUCAAAGACGCCCUCACCAGCCUGUACGGAGUCGCGCCCAAGAUCCAGUGUCUCCCGCCCGAGCAGGGCGAGGAGGUGCAGCUGCUGGGGCAGAUCGAGCUGUGCUUCACCAGGGACCUGCAGCUGCGGGGCUGUGCGGAGCCCGGGGAGCCGGCGGGCGGGGCGGGGGGCGCCGGCCUCGCCCAGGACCUGGAGGUGUGCAAGGACGGCCCCGUCUUCUACCCGCCACCCCCCUAGCCCGGCCCGAGGCCGCGUCUGGGCCUGUGGUGGUCUGAGUGCUGAGGGGACCCACAGGCCCCGCUGUCCAAGGCAGCAGGACCACGUGGCUUCCGUGGCCACCGCGCCGGCUCAGCCUGUUCUGUUUCGCUUUGCACUCCGCGGGUGGGAGUGGGUUCCGUGUCCCUGAAUAAAGCGCGUUUUCUCUCUCUC